GUGAAGGCUUCGUCAGCAACUUCCUCCCGUCCUUCUUUACCUACCGGCUGUCAGGCAUUUUCUGGCUGGUCUUCCUAGUUAUCGGCCAGAUUCUGCUGCUCAAUCUCGUUAUUGACGCCUUCGUGGCGGCUUACUUGAAAGGCUCAGAGGAGGAGCUGGACCGGAAAGCAUCGGCGCAGGCCCAGAGCAUGCAUGGCGCUUUCAAGACGCUGUCUGCCGCCUCCAGCGACUACCAAGUGGUUCCCCACGAAGUCUUUAUAGAGUUUGUGGAAGAUCUAGGCAAAUCUCCACGCAUGUUCCCCGUCGAGCGCGCAACGGCGGAGCUGGUGCUCCAACACUUUGGCGAAGUCACCGAGGAGAAGUUCCUGGACGCUUGCCGAGUCUUUCAGAACCAACUAUGGGCAACCCCGAAGGACUCGUGCAUGAAGCGACGGCUUCCCCGGACGUGGGAAGAGCAGCGGUAUACUUGGCUGAGGAAUAUAGUCUGGGAGCCAAGGGAGCUUCCGACCUUCGACGUCUUCAUGAAUCAGGUGUUGCUGGCAAAUUUUGCACUCGUGAUUCUACAGUCCGCAUACAACCUCAACGAUUGGGGGACUCCAGCUGCCUUCCGCAUCCUGGACCUCGUCUUCGCGUUUGCCUACGUCGGCGAGGUUGUCAUCAAGCUGUCAGUCAAGUCCUGGGCCGAGUACUGCAGCUUUUGGGCAAACAAGUUCGAUUUUUUCACAACCUGGCUGCUGCUGGCGACUACUCUGCUCCCGUAUUUGCCUUUUGCAACGGUGCAGGCAGACCUCAAGCAUUACGCAAACAUCCUCCGACUCCUCAGACUUAUCCGUGUGGUCAAACAGCUGAAGCAAUUCCCGCGCGUGCAGUUCAUGGUGCGCACUGUCUCGCGAAUGGUGAAUGCAGCCGGUGAUAUUCUUCAGCUGUUGGGCGUAUUGCUCUUCUUCUUCUCAGCUCUGAGCAUGAACCUGUGGGGCGGCGUGCUCUACGAAGGUCAGCCGGCGCUCAAGGAGCUUGAUUAUGGAAAGAAACAUUUGUAUGUGUUCAAUUUCAACGACAUGUCCAUGGCGUUCACCACCUUCUUCGCGCAGCUUCUCAGUGAGUAUGUCCCAGAGAAUGCGGAUGCUUUGCAGGCAGCCUCAUCCUGGGGGAACAUCGCUUGGUACGUCUUCCCGGCUUUCUACCUACUCGGCGUGGCAAUUAUCUUCGAGAUCACAAAGGCCUUUACGAUCGAGUACUACUUGGCAAUCAAGGAGGAAGCCGAGGAUGAAGAGGAGAAAGAGGAGGAAGAGAAGUCCAGCCAAGUCCGCGAGGCACUGGAGGCGCAAAUUCGGGUCAUGAACAAGUUGCAGUCGACCUUGGAGGAAAAGAAGCUAGACCUUCACUACACCAUGAAGAACGACUCGUUCAAGUUCCAGCAUGAAAUCCAGAAGGCCUACGGCAAAUGCUUGGGGCCGAAGCCGCAGCCGAAUGGUCACCACCAUUGA